AUGGUUCAUAAAAUAAGUCUAAAUAUGUUCUUAAGCCUCAUUCUUAUUUUUGUUCUGGUCGUCCUGAGCGAUGCAGCUCGCCCUCGUCAGCUCGGAAAUGAAAAUGGGAUAAUGUCAAAGGAGAAGGUGGCUCUGGGAAAGGAAGAGGAAGCUAAAAGCUACUUUAGGGAGAUGAAAAACUUGCCACCUUUUCCCUUUCCUUUUCCGGACAUGCCAUUAGUACCACCACUUCAAUUUCCGCCAUUUCCAUUUCCACUUCCACCACCCUUCGAGGUUCCAAGCGUUCCCAGUUUUCCUUUAGCUCCUCUCACUUUUCCUCCCAUCCCAUACUUUUCACCCCCUCCUCUUCCUCUUCAUCCAUAG